AUGACUCCAAACACCGCUCAGAGCACUCCUGGUAGCUCACAGAGCACAAAUCAACUUCCCAAUAAGAAGCGCUUGCGUGACAUAGACGAAGACGAUAACGAAAAGACCUACCGAAAAACCAAGAAACACAAAUGGUCCCGGAAACAUAAGAAACACCGAACUUCCUCAGGUCGCAAAUCGUCCCGCAAAACUGUCAAGCCUAUCCCGGAGGAGAUACCAGAAACACCCCCUAAGCAGUCGCCAGUACUUUCCGGGCUCACCCCGAUCAACAAGAGCCGAAAACAAAAUCCUGUACCUCCACCAAUCCGGACUGAAACCCGGACUCCGCCAAAUACUAACCUAGCUCCAUCGGACACUGAAGGGAUCUUCCCGAGUAACUGGGGAGCAACCCUAACUGAUUCCGACUCCUUUCCCGACUUUAGUUCCGAACCCUCUGAACCAUACAUAAGUGACGAUCAAGACCCACCAACAGGUCCAGCAACAGGCCCACUAGCAGCGGUCUCCACUGCUUCCUCAGCAAGCAGCAGUGCUUCACCAGAGGCCCUUGUACGGACGACCGUACUUAGGGUUAGUGCUACCCCACCAGCACCCGCUAGUGCUCUACAAAAGAAUGUUGCCCGGAAGACCAUAGUCCCAAGUCAAGUUCUCACUCGGUCCAAGUCUAGUGCAGUCCGCUCAACAGGCCCAGCAACAGGCCGCUCAACAGGCCCAGCAGGCUCUACUACUCCCUCACCAGCACCCGUCAGUGCUCCACCGAAGGUUCUUGCACCGGAGACCCCUACAUUCAAGCCCCGACGCCCCUCUCGGUUAUUUUCUAGUGCAAGCCCGUCCGAACUAAUAGACCACCCCUCACCAGUACGACAGAGACGAAUUAGACCCGAGCCAUCGCCGAUUGUCCAAGAGACAUCCCCGAGUGUUCAAGAGACAUCCCCGAGUAUUCAAGAGACAUCCCCGAGCUCGACCGCAUUCAAGAUGACUCAAGCAAGCAAAGCGAAGAUGACUUUAGGUCUACUCAACCUACCUAAAGUGUACACCAGCAUCCGCAACAGCCUAAAGGCGGAAAUGCAAAAUUGGCUCAUCGCAGAUGUUGAUAUGAAGGAUAGGUUAUCAAGGGGACAGGGAGACCGUCAGUUCAAAGAGGCUGCCGGUGAUAGUGAUGAUGAUGAUGACGGCGGUGGUCAGGCAGCCGGAAGACGCUCUCGCAAAGGGAAAGAGCGUGCAGUACCUCCGGAACUCGUGCGACCUUCCAUAAUGGUUACCGUGGUGGACCCCGAUGCUCUAGGGGCAUUUUUUAUGCUCGUCCCACCACCUACUUAUGACUGGAAUGAUCCCCUGAACGAACCUUCGUUCAUCGGAAUUUUGACCAAGAUAACUUUCCCGGAGCUAUGCAACUUGAUCCUGAAGCACACCGCACCCGACAGAGCAGUCAGAACUAUCUGGGGGGCAAUUGAGAAUGUCCCCCCGGCAGCUGUUCCUCCCGUUCGGCCGGUGGAGGUACAAAUUACCGAUUCAGAGGAGCUCGAAGGUUGGUUGAAGAACAGCAAUGCCAGGCCUCGGAGGAUAUUGGCGGUCCUCCACAGAGCAGGCGCAGGUGCUAACCUGGGUGGUGCGGAAUCCCCCCCGUUGAACCCGGCUUUCCCUCAUGUUGAGGAAGAUGAUUAUAGCAUGAUCGAUAUUCCUGCGGAGGAUUCGGAUUACGAGGAGGGAAAGCACCGGAUAAAUGCCAAAGGACUGAGGGUAUAUAUGCCUAGAACUGAUGCCAGUAAUCAAAGGCUAAUUCAGACUCUUGUUAGGCGUCGCGAUAGACAGCAGGAUGCUAUCGACGAUUUAGACCCCAAAUACUUUAGGAAGUAUCCUUUGGGUGUCGGGGUUGCUGACCCAAACUUCUUACAGGGGACGAUCUGGACACCUGCCGGGAUAGCAGCCAAGAGAGCUGCUGACGCACUCGCGGCUGCUGGUGAUGGAGGUGGUGGUGGUGGUGGUGGAGGUGGUGGUGGAGGUGGUGGUGGUGGAGGUGGUGGUGGUGGUGGUGGUGGUGGUGGUGGUGGUCUAGGACCUCCACCGCCUCCGGGCGGACCUCCUCCUCCUCCGGGCGGCGGUGGUGGUGGAGGACCAGCUGGAGCGGUGGGUGGUGGAGGUGGCCAGCUGGAGGCGGUGGUGAUGGUGGUGGUGGGCCAGCUGGAGGCGGUGGUGAUGGUGGUGGUGGUGAUGGUGGUGGUGGUGAUGGUGGUGAUGGUGGUGGGCAUAAUUAGUUCCCUUUGGUAUAAUCUCUGA